GUCGCGCGCGUGCGCAGAGGCGCUGCGUGCCGUGUCGGCGAGGACUAUGCAGCUUCCGAACAUCCUGCUCACCGGUACUCCAGGGGUUGGAAAGACCACACUGGGCAAAGAACUUGCAUCAAGAUCAGGACUGAAAUAUAUUAAUGUGGGUGAUUUAGCUCGUGAAGGGGAGUUAUAUGAUGGCUAUGAUGAAGAAUAUGAUUGUCCCAUUUUAGAUGAAGACAGAGUUGUUGAUGAGCUAGAGAACCACAUGAGAGAAGGUGGUGUUAUCGUUGAUUACCAUGGCUGCGAUUUCUUUCCUGAACGCUGGUUUCACAUCGUUUUUGUGUUGAGAACAGAUAACACCAUAUUGUACAAAAGACUUGAAACAAGGGGUUAUAAUGAGAAGAAACUAAAGGACAAUAUCCAGUGUGAGAUUUUUCAAGUUCUUUAUGAAGAAGCCACAGCAUCUUACAAAGAAGAAAUUGUGCAUCAGCUGCCCAGCAAUACACCGGAAGAGCUAGAGGAUAAUAUAAACCAGAUCCUGAAGUGGAUUGAGCAGUGGGUCAAAGAUAAUAAAUAAAUAGCUCUUGACUUGUAAGACUGGC